UAGGGACGCCCUCGUCACUCGUCGUCAGUCGAAUCGGGGAGCCGCGGAGAAGGCGGGGCGAGAGGCGGCGUCGAGUCGCGGAGCGGAGGUGAGCCAAAGCGUCCAAGCCGCGAGCGACCGAGCGAAAUGGAGGCGGAGGAGUUUCAGGAGGAGGAGGAUGAGGAGAUGGCCGAGACGGGGAUCGACUCCCAGGUCCAUAUGGCUUGUGUAAUGCAAGGACGUAGAGUUGGAGUAGCAUACUAUGAUACAAAUACGCGGCAGCUUUUUGUAUUAGAAAUCUGGGAAGACAGUGCUGGGGAAUUUCCUCUGAUUGAUCUUGUGAAAUUCCAGUCAAAACCAAGCACAAUAUAUGCAAGCACAAAAACAGAAGAAGCACUUUUGUCGGCAUUACAACGAAAUGAUGGUAAUGAUGAGGCUCCUGUUGUGAAGCUCAUGAAAAGCUCAACAUUCAGCUAUGAGCCAGCCUGGCACAGAUUGAUCUACUUGAAAGUUGCAGCUAUGGAUGAUGGACUAAGUGUAAAAGAAAGGAUCUGCUUUCUUAAUUCCAUGAUGGAUCUUGGAAGCGAUGUUCAAGUUCGCGCUGCUGGAGGUCUCCUAGCUAUAUUAGACAAUGAGAGGCUUCUUGAUACCAUAGAGCAGAUGGAAGGUGGAGCAUCCAUUGCGAUCGAUUCUGUGGCACAGAUCUCAUUAGACAAGUUCCUUAAACUCGACGCAACUGCUCAUGAAGCACUACAAAUUUUUCAAGUAGAUAAACACCCUAGUUACAUGGGAAUUGGAAGGGCUAAAGAAGGGUUCUCAGUUUUUGGAAUGCUCAACAAGUGUGUCACACCAAUGGGAAGACGUCUCUUGAGGGCAUGGUUCUUACGUCCUAUAAUUGAUAUUGAUGUCAUAAAUAAUCGCCUCAACACAAUAACAUUCUUUCUUUGCUGUGAAGAAGUAAUGUCUGCAUUGUGUGAGACGUUAAAGUCUGUCAGAGAUGUUCCCCACAUGCUCAAGAAAUUCAAUUCUCCAAGUUCCUUCUGUACAAGCAGUGACUGGAACACAUUUCUGAAGUGCAUUUGCUCUCUGCUGCAUAUAAAUAAGAUUUUUGAAGUAGGAAUAUCGGAGCAUCUGGCAAAUAAGUUGCAACAUAUGAACAUCGAUUUGAUUGGAAAGGCAAAUUCUUCCAUUACAGCUGAGUUGGAUUAUGUGUCAGACCUGGUAGUUGGUGUGAUUGAUGUGCAACGGGGUAAGGAGAAAGGCUAUGAGACAGUGGUGAAAGAAGGGUUAUGUGAUGAGUUGGAUGAGCUGAGGAUGGUUUAUGAAGGAUUACCUGACUUUCUGGAGCAGGUGUCAGCUAAUGAGAACGCAUCCUUACCUUUUGAAUUCAGAAUACCUCCAUUAAUAGUCUAUGUACACCAAAUAGGGUACCUAAUGUGCUUUUUUGAUGAGAAGAUUAGUGAUGCCUUGUUGGUAGGACUGCCAGAUUACAAAUUUGCGUUUUCAGAGGAAGGUGAGGAGAGAAGGUUCUACUACCAUACCCAAAAGACAAGAGAACUGGACAACCUUCUUGGAGAUAUUUAUCAUAAAAUUCUUGAUAUGGAGAGAGCAAUCAUGAGGGAUUUAGUGUGUCGCGUCCUUCAGUUUCUACCUCAACUGACAAAAGCAGUGAACUUUGCAGCAGAACUUGAUUGUAUUUUAUCAUUAGCGGUUGUUGCUCGCCAAAACAAUUAUGUGAGGCCCAUCUUAACUGAGGAUUCAAUACUCGAGAUUCAUAAUGGCAGACAUGCUUUGCAGGAAAUGACUGUUGAUACCUUUGUUCCAAAUGAUACUAAAAUCCGUGAUGCAGGAAGAAUAAACAUAAUAACUGGGCCCAACUACUCAGGAAAAAGCAUUUAUAUUAAGCAGGUGGCCUUGAUAGUUUUUCUUGCUCAUAUCGGAAGCUUCGUUCCUGCUGAUUCUGCUAUUGUUGGAUUGACAGAUAGAAUGUUUUGCAGGAUAUUCUGUGCAAUGGGAAGCAAAUCCAUGACAACUGAACAGUCAACUUUUAUGAUUGAUUUACAUCAAGUUGGAACAAUGCUAAGGCAUGCAACAUUGAGAUCUCUGUGCUUGUUGGAUGAAUUCGGUAAGGGCACUCUAACUGAAGAUGGCAUUGGUCUUCUUGGAGGGACUAUCAGUCAUUUUGCAAACUGUGAUUUCCCUCCAAAGGUCCUUUUGUCAACACAUCUGACGGAGAUCUUCACCGGGAACUACCUACCACAGUCUGAACAUAUCAAAUGCUAUACCAUGAGUGUUCUGAAUCCUGAUGGACAGACAAGUAAUGACGAUAUCACAUUCCUUUAUCGACUUGUACCUGGGCAAGCGCACUUAAGCUUCGGUCUGCAUUGUGCACGGCUUGCUGGUGUCCCAAAUGAAGUUGUCCAGAGAGCUGACAGUAUUUUGGAGGACAUCCAUUCCAAGAGACCUAUAAGGCGCAUGAGCGGCGAGAAAUUAGAAGCAACCGACAAGCAGUACCAGGAUGCUGUGACUAAAUUGAUGGCCUUCGAUACACAAAACGGUGACUUGAACAGCUUCUUCCAGGAACUCCUUGCCUCUGAAUUGUAACACUGCAGUGCAAGGCUUAAUCUCGCUAGUUACAGAAACCCACCGGCUUAAUCUGUGAAUUGUAACGCUGGCUUAAUCUCAAACUACAUAAAUGUUCUACUUCUCGUGCAUGUUUCAUAGUGGUGUUCGGAUGUUCCCCCAUCUUGAUACUCGGAAGCGUCAAACUAGUGAUUGAAUGUCAUGCUUAAAACAUUUAUGUAGUUUGAGCACCACUUACGAUGAGGCGAGAUGCCCAGUAUGCGCAACAAUUUCUCAUCGAA